AUGGCGCAUCACACCGCAACAGCCGCGACAUCACUACCUCGGCAUCACGCCGUCGCUGAGACAGGAAUUGCGCAGCGGCAGCAUCAUCAUCAGCAGCAUCAACAGCAGCAUAACUCAUCAAUUCGGCAUCCCGUCUUCUUCACGGAGAAGCUGCGGCGGCCGCCAGUCACCCUGGCGCCUGGCAUGGGCCUCAGUCCCGUAGCGCACGGCUACGUCUAUCAGGAUGGGCGGAGGAGGCUGGCAGCCGAGGGAAAUUCUGCGCCGAAGCUGUGA